AUGUCAAACCUAAUAAUCGCUAACGCUACUUUAAGGGGCGUAGUGAUUUUCCUGGCAGAGACAAAGAAAGAUAACUCGACCGAGGGAUCACUUCGGAGAAGUUCUUGUCAGUACCACUGUCUGCAGACUGAGCCUGGUUUAGAUAAGUUUGUUGGUAAUGCUUCAAGAGUGAGAGCAUCUUUGGAACCGUUGAUUUUAUGGGCGGAAAGGUUGGUACCUCCUGAGAGACAUGGAGAUACUCCUGUAUUUGUUUUAGCUACUGCUGGACUAAGGAGGUUGGUUGUUGAGGAUGCCAGGUUGGUCUUGGAUGAUGUUGAGGCGGUUGUAAAGGAACACUCAUUUUUGUAUAAGAAAAGCUGGAUAAGGGUUUUGAGUGGGAAAGAGGAAGCUUACUACGGUUGGGUUGCUUUGAACUAUAAAAUGGGGAGCCUUACAAAUUCCUCAAGGACGUCCACCUUGGGACUUCUUGAUCUUGGAGGUUCAUCUUUGCAGGUAGUGAUGGAAGAUGAUGCCAUAGGAGAUGACAAACACCUGAUAAGAUCUGAGAUUGGCUUGAUUGAACAUCGAAUAUUAGCAUUUUCUCUGCCAGCAUUUGGUUUGAAUGAGGCUUUUGAUAGGACAGUUGCCAUUCUCAACUCAUUGAAGCCACCCCGAGAAGGUACUCGUGACAGAAUUGAAAUCAGGCAUCCAUGUCUCAGAUCUGAUUUUGUGCAAAAUUAUACUUGCUAUGGUUGUGUUCAACAAAAUAUUACUAAUAAAAAAAAUUCCAGUAGUCAAAUGCAGAGAACAAAUUCCGCAUCUGUUUAUCUGGUUGGGGACCCAAAUUGGGAGCAAUGUCGGGGGCUUGCAAGGGCUGUUGCCAUCAAUUCAAGCAAUUUAGAUUGGUCACACCCAACAGUUGGUACAAACUGUAAAGCAGGCUUGUCAUCUUCUAGCAGCAUAAAUAUACUUAAUCUGACAGCUAUCACCCACCCAACUGGACACUUUCAUGCUUUAUCAGGAUUUUUUGUUGUUUACAACAAAUUAAAUUUGAUUUCAAGAGCCAAUUUGACAAAAGUCUGGGAGAAAGGUGAGCAAUUAUGUCCAAGAUCAUGGGCCGACUUGAGUUACAAUGCCGGAAACCGAAACCAUGCUGUACAGCAUUGUUUCCAGGUGCCUUAUAUGGCAUCACUCAUUGAGGAAGCUCUGUGUCUUGGUGAGGCAGAGAUAAUAUUUGGUCCCGGGGACCUCUCAUGGACCUUAGGUGCUGCACUGAUCGAGGGGAGAUAUUUGUGGCAAAGAACUACCAAAGCUCAAACCAGUUUUUCAAUUUUAAAGCAUACGGAAGUCUUGUCCUCUCCCAUUUUUCUUUUUCUUUUCCUUCUCAUUCUUCUAUCUGUUGUAUACUGUAGUCAAAUCCAGCUCCCUAUGCCAGGCAAGAAAGGUCCCAAAGUUGGGGUAUCUUUGCCAUCAUAUAUUCAUCCAAAACACCGGCCUAACUAG